AGUUCGUUAAAAAUACAACGCAAAACGAAAACGAGUUGGCAGACAACGAAAGUUUGCGACGAGUGUAGGAGGGGCGGAUGGGGAUAAGGGGUUAUUUACGAAUUGCUUUAUGUUGCUGUGGUGAAUGAAGUGCUAUCAUCCGAAGUCCAAACCAUGAAUCAACCUGCUUCAUGAAAAUCACGAGGUCUGGUCUUAUUGUCGCGGUUGCAACACAAGAUUCUUUGUGAUGAGAGUGAGCUUAUCAGAGGGUGAAAAUAUAAACUUCAAACUGGUGCUGAUAUCAAGACUUAAGUUGUGGUCAGAGAGCGAUGCAUCAGGCUGAAUAGACAGCCAUCGUUUCAUCCCAGCCUUCCCCAUCAGCGGCGCGCGCUGCCGGCUGCACCAUGUGGCCGCCGUCCGGCUCGGAGCCCUCCUCCGGGGACGAGGAGGAGGAGCGGUCUCCGGAGCGGUCCCCGGAGCCGGAGCCGGAGCCGGAGCCGGAGCCGCGCCGGCCGCAGCCGCUGGCGCUCAGCUGGCUCGACCUGUCGGCGGUCGGCUACCGGCGCUCGCUGGCCGUGUCAGCGCUGCCGGCCGCCGCCGACCUGGAGCGGCUGCAGGCGCUCGGCUUCACGGCCGCCCUGAUGCUGUGCACGCACGCCGAGCUGGCCAAACAGGGCGUGCCGGAGCUGGCGGCCGCCUACGAGGCGCACGGGCUGGCCGUGUGCCACCGGCCGGUGGCCGAGGGCGAGGUGCCCGGCCCGGCGGCGCUGCUGCAGCUGUUCGAGGCGGCCGUGCGCGCGCUGGAGGCCGGCGGCCGCGUGCUGCUGCACUGCUCCACCGGCCUGGGGCGCGCCUGCACCGUGGCCGCCUGCCUGCUGCUGCACGUGCAGGAGGAGCUGACCGCCGACCAGGCGGUGGAGGCGGUGCGCCGGCUGCGCGGGCCGCGCGCCGUCCAGUCGGUGCGCCAGUUUAACUUUAUCCACGAGUACCGCGACGAGCGCGACGCGUUUCUGGCGCAGCUGGAGGCGCCAGAGUCGCGGCCCGUGUCGCGGUAAGUCGCCGGCCGUGAGUCGCCGCCGGGCUCACUGCCAGACCCGGCGAGGGGUGUGUCCUGACCGUGAAAUGACCCAUGAGUCCGCCACCGUAGUAAUCUGAUAUGGCUCAUUUGUGUGAUUUUGUAUUGCAUGUUGAUCAUCGCAGUAGAUUUACAUUUUGACGCUUGUUGCAAUAGCUGGUUCGUGCCUGUGUGUAUUUUUAUUAAAAGGGGAUUGAACGUUGGAAUAAUGUUCAAAGAUUAUCAUAUGGAAUGUUUUUAGUGGGACACAUCUGAGCCUGGUGGCUGUCUAUGGAUACCAAAUGUUGGGUCAUUUCACAUCGGGAUCGCCCGUUGGAGUGGCGCCGCGGCGUGACCGGCGGCGGUGCCAGUGGAGGCGGGUGGCGGCCCGCGGUCUGGGACGGGACGGCCGCAGCGGCGGGCGGCCGGGGGUACAGACAGGGGGCCGUACGGCGGGCCAGCCGGCCGGCCCGCGGGACACGAGUGCCACCCGCGGCAGCGACUCGGCCUCAAGGGAGUCGGUUUUACCCCGCGAGUGCGUGCCUCUUACAUUGGUUAAGUGACGCCGCCCGGCGCUGCCCACGAGUGGUGUGCAGCGCCGGGUGGUGGCGGGCCCCGAGCUGCGUGGGUCUGACCGAACUGAACGAAUCGCAACCGACAGCAGCAGCCUGCCCAGCGGUGUACAACGGCGAGACGGCGACGGUCGCACUCUUACUUGUUACAUCGUUGUGUUGUCUUUCGUCAUGCAUCUGGUACAUUAUGCACGCCCUCAACUGGGAGACAAAGUCUCAGCGUACGUACAUCAUCAGCAAUCCCAAUGAGAGAUGCAACCAAAGUACAAAUCCAAGUGCAAACAAGAAGAGAAGCGCCGUAGGCUGGGUAGGCUCCGUGCCGCGGCGGUGGCGCCGCGGCGGUAGGAUUAUAAACUAGUGUUUCACGUACAAUCGCCAGAUAUCGCCACCUAACUAUACCGGCAUCAAACAGGGUUUUGGGGAUGUGUUUAUGUUAACAAUGCUGAUUGUUUGCCAUUAACGUCACGUUGCAGUAUGAGCGUGACGUACUGCUGGCCAGAUUUUCUGUAGAUAUGCUGCUGGUAUCUAACCUAAGUGCGCGCGCUGGUGGUCGGGCUGUUGAUUUAUCGCAUCUUGCGCUCCGACCGGUCGCUUUGAUGAGCGCUUUCUGCCCUGGUGGGUCCGUUUUGUACUCGUUUGCGCGCUGUGUCGUGCUGCCGAGCGCCGAGCGCUGCUGAUGGAAUCGAAUCGAGCCGACCGCCGACCGUUGGCCGGGCCGCAGUGCCGGCCUCUCGGUGACGCUGUCCGGGUGACGACUGCGCCCUACCGGGCGGCACCUCGAUGACGUGCGGCGACAGCGUCCGAACGGCCGCCUCGCCUCGCCCGUGCCACUACAAUGUGUAGGGUGGGCUGUGUUCAAUAAAAAAUGCGAGCUUGGAGCAGGA